AUGCCCCGCACGCCGCCGCUUCGCGCCGACGUGGGUCGCAGCGACCACGGCGGCGACGUGCGGGUGGGCGGCCGGUGCGGGGCGGGGGCGGGAGCGACGGGCGGCGGGGCGGGCGGCGGGCCGGGGGCCGUCGGCGGCGCGGCCACGGGCGGCACGGGCGGGGCGGGGGAGACCAUUCUUAUCCACCCAGCCUCGUCGCCUCGGGAGAAAGCCAAGAACCAGGGCCAUGGCUGUGACCUAGUUUGGAGAGGAUCUAUUUUAGUCGAGGGAGCAGAGGAGUCCAGGGAGAAGGUCGGACAGCCGCCGGACCAGUUGCUGGACCAAAGGAAGAAAGGAAAGAGGACAUCAGGGGAGUCAAGGAGAGAGAAGAAGGAACGACCAGGGCCAUCUCCGAUCUCUUCUUCAUUAUCUUUCAGAACAGGGACCGAACGUGAGCCUGAGAUCAACGCCACCGAAGAGAAGCACCCAAACAAGGAGGGACAAGCAACGCGCAGGCAUUCAGCUAGUCAGCCGUAAACCUUGACAGUAAACCUUGCAAACGUACAGACGACUGCCUGAGUACACGAUCGAGCCAUAUAUUCUGUGUGUUGUUCUUUGGCGUGCUGAUGAAGGCGGCAGGAGCUAUAUAUACCUAGGAAAUUCCAGUCAGAAACUGAAGCAAGCACACCGU